UCAUUACUCAUGAUCAGAUCGUUUACUUUGGUUGUCUCUUUGGGCAUGGUGCUUAUGUUAUGGGAAGAAGGAUUAUAAUUUGGUGCUGUUUGUAGAGGUGAUAACACUGAUAGAAUCCAAACAUUGCGGGUCUCAGCACAUCUGGAAAGUCCUACGAAGUCCCAGCUACAGAAAGUCCAAAGACAACAAGUAAAACCCUUCAUGACCCUUGACUACCAGAUUGUCAACCAGACUCUUAAACGGUCACACCCUCCAACACCAAACAGUGCGCUUCUGGUACAGCAUGGACACCAGUCUCCUGAGAGUGACACUGGCCUUACUGGAAAUCCACUCACCAAGUUACUAACUCUUGGGAAAGAAGAUGACAAUGCGGAAUGGCAUAUGGAAGACGUUAUUGAGGAUAUAAUCGGUAUGGAAUCAAGUUUUAAAGAGGAAGGAACAGACUCUCCUCUGCUAUUGCAAAGAACAUUAUCUGGAAGUAUUUUGGAUGUAUACAGUGGUGAGCAGGGAAUUUCACCAGUUAAUAUGGGCCUUACAAGUGCUUCCUGUCCAAGUAGUCUGCCAAUGAAAAGAGAAAUUACAGAAACAGACACUCGAGCUUUGGCAAAAGAGAGACAAAAAAAGGACAACCACAACCUCAUCGAAAGAAGAAGAAGGUAUAAUAUUAAUUACCGAAUCAAGGAGCUUGGCACUCUUAUUCCAAAGUCUAAUGAUCCUGAUAUGCGCUGGAACAAAGGAACCAUUCUGAAAGCAUCAGUGGAGUACAUCAAGUGGCUACAGAAAGAACAACAGAGAGCUCGAGAAUUAGAACACAGACAGAAGAAAUUAGAGCAGGCUAACAGGCGGCUCCUACUCCGGAUUCAGGAACUAGAGAUACAGGCUCGCGCUCACGGUCUGCCAGCCCUGGCUUCACUUGGCACAGUUGAUUUGGGUGCUCAUGUCACCAAACAACAGACCCACCUUGAGCAGAAUUCAGUAGACUAUUGCCAACAACUGACUUUGUCUCAGGGGACCAGCCCCGAGCUCUGUGAUCAAGCCAUGGCCUUCUCUGAUCCUUUGUCACACUUCACAGAUUUAUCAUUUAGUGCCGCUUUGAAAGAGGAACACAGAUUGAAUGACAUGCUCCUGGAUGACACAGUAUCUCCAUUUGGAACAGAUCCUCUGCUAUCUGCUACUUCCCCUGCAGUUUCCAAAGAAAGCAGUAGGAGAAGUAGUUUUAGCUCGGAUGAUGGUGAUGAGUUAUAAAAAAAAAAAAAGAAAAAGAAAAAAAGAAAAAGAAAACAACAAACAGGUUCGAUUCAUCAACUGGGAAGCAAGUCUACACAGGUGCUAUGCAAUUACGUUCUGUUCCACAUAUUGCUUUGGCUUACUCUUUCCAAAAGGAAUCUACUGCCCGCGGAAAACUGUUUUGAAAUGACAGAAGAAUUCACAGGAAGAAGAAAGAUGGUGUUGAAGAAUUAUUGAGAACUAAAAUGGAUUUUUUCCUCUUUGACUAAGACGUCCAAACCUACUUAAAUUGUGUUUUCCUGGAAAGAGGUACAACAUAAGAAAUAGCUCUCUACGAAUGCUUUAAAAGUAGCAAUGUGCUGGUGCACCAUGGAACCUAACAGACUGCAAGGAGCAAACCUACUGAAGUAUACAACCCCCCAUUUUUUUUUUUUUUUUUUUUUUUUUUUACUUAUUCACUUCCAACUCAUUUCUGUUCAAGCCUUAGGGUAGUUUUCAAGCAUCAAGACCAACAGAUCUGAUAGCCCACUGACUUUCUCCACUGUCUGGUAGACAUAUUUAAAGUUCAAAGUCUAUAGGAGAGAUAGUUAAAUGAUCUAUUAUCUUUCAGUUCUUUUUUUUUUAAUUUUUUAUUUUAUUUAUUUUUUGAUAGUCACAGAGAGAGAGAGAGAGAGGCAGAGACACAGGCAGAGGGAGAAGCAGGCUCCAUGCACGGGGAGCCUGACGUGGGAUUCGAUCCCAGGUCUCCAGGAUCGCGCCCUGGGCCAAAGGCAGGCGCCAAACCGCUGCGCCACCCAGGGAUCCCUAUCUUUCAGUUCUAAUUAAAAAGAGAAUCUACAGUAAACAUUAGAAUUUUCCACAAUACAAUUCCAAAAAUUAUUAAAAACUUUGCUUUCUGAAAUCAGACCCUAACCCUUUUUGUCGAUUCAAUUACACUAAUUUCAAGAGUGUCUUUGCAUAUUUAUGGAGACAUGCUGUGUUCAGAAACGGAACACACCAAGUACUUUCCUCAAGAAUACGAGCUAAAAUUUUACUCCUUUACACAAACAUACACUUAUACCUAGGCACACAGUGUAGAUAGUAUAUGUCUUUUUUAUUUUCCUUCACUUUCAGAUUUUUCUAGUAAACAUCAGAAAUCGUAUUCCAAAUCUUCUUUUCUUCAUCAAAAAGAGAUAUUGGAUAAUCCACUUCAAUAAAUAAAAUACAAAAAAAAUCCUAUUAGGACAAUUUCUCAGCUAUCUAAAAUUUAUCUCUGUCUCUAAAAAUGGAUGUAAAUUAAUUAGGUGAUACAGUUUUGCUCCAAAUUGACAAAAUAUGGAAACUUGUUGCCAACUGACAAAAUCAUUAGCAAAACAGAAACUUUUUCCUAUUAUAUUGAGCUCCAUUCCCCUAAGUACUUAGAGUACCCUAUGACCUUUGCUAGCUUUGUUAGCAUUUAUUAAAAAUAUUUAUAACUGUAAUGCUUUACUCAAAAUUUUCUCUCUUGAGUUUAGGAUUGGGAAUUAACUCACCAAGCAUGUUGCUCUGUGCUAAACCCCCAUGAGUGAUCAUCUGAUCACUGAGUAUUUAUGGAGGGAUACUCAAACUGCAAUGGAUCCUGUGAAAAUGUAGAACACACACACACACACACAAAAGAAAGAAAAUGUAGAACAGAUGAGCAAGAUAUGGUUUUACUCCUCAGGUAGUAACAAGACUACAUGAGAAAAACAACAAAAGAUAGAAGAUGCAUAGAAUUAAACUCUAUAUGGAUAAAUACAGAAGGUCAGAGAAAAUGAAAAUGAAUGAAGAAAGCUGGAGAAUCACAAAAGUCUAUGGAAAAAUAGAAUGCAACCUCUUUUAAAAGCAUAACUUUAGGGAAAAGGAGGGCAUAUUAGGGAAUAAUAUUGAUCAAAUGAUGAGAAUGAGAAUAGAUUGAUAAAGUGUCUUCAUGGAACAUUCACUAAAGAUGCCAGCUUGGAAGUCCUGGAAAAUAAUAUUGGCAACAGGUUGUGCUUGAAUAUUAGGAUGAAAUUAUAUGGCAUAAAUUGGAUUUUUUUUUACUAGGAGGGAGAAACCUAAAAAUUAAAAUGCUACUGCACAUUACUGAAGUAAUUCAGAGGUAAUCUUUCUUGAAUAUUAACUUUGGGAUAAAUUUUUGAAAGGGUGCUUUAGGUAUUACUCAUAGGGAAAUAUGCCAUCACAAAAUUUGAGACAUAAUGCUAAUGAAAGUGGGAAAAUAUUAAAUUCUUACGGUCUAGUAAUUAUCUCAGGCUUAGCUUACAGCAUUAGCUUAGAGUUGGGAGAAUUAAAAUAAUUUUUAUUGUUUGACAUGGAAAAAAAUAAUUCCAAAUUUAUAGGAAUAUUCAUUAAAGCCAGAUAGAUAGAUUCAUCUGAAGUAUGCCAUAUGAAAAAGAGCAAUAAGAUACACUUCAAGAAUUUUCAAUAGAACAUUAUAUACUUUUAACUUUGUGAUAAAAUUCCACUUUAUUAUCUGGGUUGAUAGUUCAAUAUAACAAUACAAAUCAUAGAGAAGGAAUAUAUUUUUGAGUCCAUGCAAAACACAUUCUAGAUAGGGGCUAAUUUCUGUUUUCAUUUUAUCAUUAUUCUCAUUUCUUCAGAUUUUGAGAAGACUUACACUGAUGAUGUCAUUACUCUGUCAUUCUUCUUCCAUUCUGUUAAAAUACUACUACUCAGCCCUGAAGCUCAUUCCUCAUAAUCUUAGCUAACUUAAGGGCUUGACGCAGGUGAUAGAGUCUGGACAAAAGAGAUCUGGGAAGGAUACUACUAAUAUUUGCUGCUACUUUCGGAUUAUAAUGGCUAUCAGGGGACUGUAAAAUGGGCAAUGGAUUUUUAAGGACAGAGUAGAGUGGUGCUGUGUCACAGUCAACUGAAACAGAUUAAAAACUUAAUUUUAGUCAGUAGUUCUUAACUUUUUAAGGCAUUGAGAACCUAGUAAAAGUUUUAGACUCGCCAGAAAAAUACAGACUUGUAUAAAUGGUCCAAAAUUUGCAUGAACCAAGAAGUUUUAGGGACCUCCUCAAUGCCUUGUUAGAUGCCAGGUGAAGAAUCCCUGAAUCAGGUCUGUUACUUUAUUGGAAAACACUGUAGCUAUGUAUCUAUCAAGAGCUAGUGGAUAGUUAAUGUCAUAUAUAGUGGUGGAGGAAGGAGCCCUAUUUAUCUGUAUAUCACUUUCUCAACCCUAAAAGUGAUGAGGUUGCCUAGGAAAGUGAAUGUGUACCAAACACUAGACUAUUCACAAAAUAAAUUGUUUACUUAUAAAGUAGUCCCCCUUCAAACAUCCUCUGUUGUUUAAAUACCUCCUGUACAUGUUAUGUCCUCAUGUUAUAUGUUCAUGGGUCAGUUUCUCUAUGAUUAUUGGAUAUUGUAAAUAUCUGGCAAUGACAGUUUAAAAUAAUGCAUAUAAAUAUCAAGGUAAAGCUACGUAAAUUCAAAAGCAAGUUAUUUGGGUCUCUAAGAACCAAAAGGGAUCCUUGGAAAAACUGAUGGAUGUCUAGAAUAUUUUUGUAGAAUUGAGACUUGUAACAGCCAAAGAGGUAUAUUAUUUAUUAAACAAUUUUGUCACAAAAAGCAUCAGCCGUCACUGGACAAUUAAUACACAAUUAACCAAGCUUUGUUCAUUCAACAGAUUAAUGCAAAAUUUCAAUUAUAAUAAACUUUGUUUAAAAUACGAUAAAAGUUUUAUUUAAAUUACUCUUAGUUAUCUUUUCAAGAUAAUGUCCCAUCCAAUCUUUUAUCUCUAUUUAUUAUAAAAUAUUGACUGUCUUUUCAUAGAUGCACAUCUAGCAGUCUUUCCAAUUCCAAACUAUCUUGAAAUAACAAGUACCUCCACUGAGUACCUCUUCAUAAUUUUUUUUUCUUUUUAAUGUCCUUUCCCAUAACUGGAAAAUUUAUGUAUGGAACAAAUUUCCUCAGUUUACAGACAGGGUAUCGGUGGCUAUCGCCUUCUUUAUAUGGGUAAAAAGCUCUAAAUAAUAAAUAUCCAGAUGAGCUGGAGACAUUGAGAAAUAGCCUUCCUCCUUUUUUUUAACUCAUUUUUUUUCCACUCACAUGACUGUAAAUAAAAUAUUUAAUAGCUCUUACUUUAAAAAAAUUAGGUACGAGUUUCUUGAUUUGGCAUGCUCAUUUACCUUUAUGUCAGGGGAGAAGUUAGAUUUCCCAACGUUAAAAAGAAUGUAUUUUUUCUUUGUUUUGAUAGAUCGAGUCAUAUUGGAAUUUUCUUAUACUUCAAGGUAUCAUGAAAAUGCUUUUUUGCUGUUCUGAUACUGUGGAAUUUUGAUGUUUAAAUAAAUAAAUGUCAUAACUAUAAGUGUUUCAAUGUUUUUACAAUAUCUCGAGGCUGAUAUUUACUGCUCUCAUAAUAUCUAAGAUGUAGAUGAAUACUGGAAUCAAUUAAUCAUUUUGCUGUGUUAUCAGCACUAGAUCAACCAUCUGGGUUUCUUGAAAACACCUGAAGGAUUGAAUUUUACUUCAGUAUUGAUAAUGGCACGGCCUAUUUACGCUACAUGGAAUGACAUCAUUUGCCCUUCCAAUGCCCUGUGUGUUGAUAAGUAUAAGAUGUCAACUUGAGUUAGUGUAAGUUACAUAUACAGAGGUUUUAUUAAAUGUACUUAACAAAUACUAAACACAUUUAGAGUGUUGCUGAUCUGAUGUGUCAAAUAACCUCCUAUAAUCAUUAUUCAUUGUGUACACAAACAUCAUUUGUAAGAUAUUUAAUUUGUAAAUAAGGAACCUAUUCAAAAACUGAUAAAAAUAGCUUUCUUACAAUUUUUCUGUGUUACUUUUCUUUCUGUGACAUUCAUAGAGGAUUUGGGUGUAUAGGAGAUUAUUGAAAAAUAGUACUUUUGAUUAAAAAAAAUCUCUCACUGGAUUCAACUAAUUUAAUGAUGAAAUACUACUCUCUGCUGCUGUAUACAUUAAAAGGAAUGUUUUGUCUUUUUCCUGUGAAGUAAUGUAUGUAUUUUUUUCUACAUAUCCAAAUUAUUUCUCUUAACCCUCAGUAAAAUCUUUUUCCUACAUUUAUUCAACAGGCUUCGAGGAUAAAGUUAAGAUAUUUUGUGUUUGCAAUGCCACCUCUCCCAUCCCUGCACUACCAUCUUAUAUAAAAAAUUCUUUGUUUUCAACUUUGCUUUUUCCACAGAGAUAAAUUUCAUCUCUGUGUUAUUUAAAGCUGGUGAUCAUAUUUAACAAACAAAUGAGAAAAUACGCAAAAGAAAUGGUAGACUAUUAUUUUGCUGAAAGAAUUAUAUACGAUCAGGAUACUAAAAUUUAAAAGCUAGCUAAAGUCAAGGACCUUAUCUAACAGCAUUGCAGUUGCGUAUGGCAUACAAGGCUAAAAUUAAUUCAGCUAUUUAAUCUUAAUAAUAACAAUGUAGUUAAAAAUCUUUGACUUUAAUAGUGCUUUACAUAUGUGAAUAGCUAAAGUAACAUUCCUAUAACUUUCAUCUAACACUGCUUAGAUCAAGAAAACAUUGCUAGUCUAAUAAGACCAUAGACUUUGUAAUUAUUGCUAUUUUUCAUUUUUAAUAACAAAGUAAUGUGUCUUAUUUUCUAGGAAAAUGAAGAAAACUGGUGUGUACUCUAAUACAUACUAAUA